UGGAGGAGUCGAGACAUUGCUGAAUGGCUGGUCGGAGCUUGUAAACAGGUGCUUGCACUAAUAAGCGUCCAUCAGUGGGCAGGAAUAGUACUGUGGCAGGCAAUAUUUUCGGAAACCAUGAUUGUAAGAUUCAACGGGCUGAAGAGAGGCCUAUUCCUUCUGGGGAUGUUCUUUACAGUGUCCCAUCUUGUGCUCUCUGAAAAGGUGGGUCCUGCUGAGAAAGAAGUCACCUUCAGCCAUGUCUACAGGAUUGACUCUGGUUGUAAGCAGGGUUCUCAGGUGGUUCAGCUUUCCCAGGACCAGGCCUCAGAAGGUCAGUUAGUUACAGUGGGUGGAGAUAAUGACAUUGUUUUCAAACACAACAUACGUCUGCAGUCGGCUGGUUGUGGAUGUGCAGAUUCCGAAGACUUCAAAGCCCUGCUGUACCGUGUAAAUGGCCUAGAGGAGGAAGUCACCUACCUAAAGAGCCAAUGCGCUCAGGGCUGCUGCAGAGGAGGGUCAGGUGUGGACACUAGCUGCAGUGGGCAUGGCACAUACCAGCAGGACUCUUGCAGUUGUAAGUGUAACCCAGGCUGGGAGGCUCCAGACUGCUCUAUCUCAUCCUGCCCCGAUGAAUGCAACGAUAAUGGCCGCUGUGUUGACGGACGCUGCGUCUGCUAUGAAGGCUACAUCGGCCAUGACUGCAGCCAGCUCACAUGCCCUAACAACUGCAAAGACAAAGGCCACUGUGUGGAUGGCAAAUGCGUGUGCUUUAGUGGAUUCUCAGGAGAAGACUGCAGUAUUGUCACCUGUCCGAAUGACUGCGUAGGAAAUGGACGCUGCGUGGAUGGACAGUGCAUCUGCGAUGAGGGAUUCUUUAGAAUCGACUGCUCCAUGGUUCUAGGACCAAAAGGUCUUCGUCUGAUCAAAGUCACAGAUGUAUCUUUGCUGGUGGAGUGGGAGUCUGUGAGAGGGGCCGAGUACUACAUCCUGUCCUACUAUCCAAAGGGAGACGAGGGAGCCAUUAAAGAUGUUCGGGUGGAAAACACGAAAAACUCCUACCUAAUCACGGGCCUCAGACCCGGAGUCACAUACAUAGUGCAGGUGCACGCUGUCAUCAGAGGCAUUAACAGUCAGUCUGAUGAGAUAGUGGCUAUUACUGAGGUCUCUGGUGUUGAAGGAAUCAAGGUGCUGGGCCAGACAGAGGACUCUAUCCAGGUGGACUGGAAGAAUCCUGCAAUUGCCAUGGACUACUUCAAAUUGACCCAUGCUAGCCCUGAUGGUCAGGGAGGACAGGAGAACGUGGCAAUGAGCCAAGAGGCCAGAACCAAGCAUACCAUUGUAGGCCUCAACCCAGGAACAGAAUAUCAGAUAGGCGUACAAGCAAUCAUAGGUGAAAUGGAAGGCAAGCCAUCGUAUGCCACAGGGGUCACAGAAUCUGUGACGUGGGAUGGUGUUCAUGCUGAGAUCGAUGGUUACAUAGUGAUAUACAGCUCUGCAGAGGGCACCGGUCGAGAAAUUAAAGUGGGCCCAGAUGCUACUUCUUACCAACUGACCUCUCUGAAACCAGGAGUCCUGUACACAGUUUUCCUCUGGGCCUAUAAGGUCUCUCGUUCCAGUCAGAAGAGCAUGACCGAAGCCGUGACUGGUAUACAUGCAUAUUCUCCUACUAACCUCAUGACCAAAGAGGUGACCGAGGACUCGGCGCUGGUGACGUGGGCCAAGGUGCAGGCUGACAUUGAUGGCUACAUGCUGAGCUACAGCUCUAUAGAUGGCUCCGGUCAUUAGGUUCGAGUAGGAGCUAACAGCACCUCCUACAAGUUCACUGCUCUGAAGCCUGGAGUUUUCUAUGUGUCUCGUGCUAGCAAAAAGAGCUCAACAGAAGCAGAAAGAGAAAUCAACAUCGCCCUCUACAGGUUCACUAACUUAAGUCCUAUAGUUAUAAGCAGUUUAAAAUAUGCCUCCAGAACAGGUCUGGGCAACUUCGGUCCUGGAGGACCACUGUCCUGCAGAGUGCAGUUCCAAUCCUACAAGUUCACUGCUCUGAAGCCUGGAGUUCUCUACACAGUCUACAUCUGGGCUGUGAAAGGCUCUCGCUCAAGCAGGACAGCCACAACUGAGGCUGAAACAGAGAUUGAUGCACCAAAGAAUCUCAAAGCCACUGAUGUCCAGACUCAAACCUCCACUUUAACAUGGAAAGCUCCUCAGGCUAAUAUUGAUGGCUACAUCCUGACCUACAGGCCUGAAGAUGGCAGCAUGCAGACUGUGGAAAAAACUUUGACUGCGCAGGAGAACAGAUUUGCUCUCUCUGACCUCACAAUGGGGAAAAAGUACAUUGUCACCCUUAUUGCCUACAAGGGCACGAAGAAGAGUAGGGUAGUGGAGACACGCUUUAGCACAGUGCGUCUGGCCUACCCGUUCCCAAUGGACUGCACUCAGAUUAUGAGAAAUGGAAACAUGGAGAGCGGCGUCUACACAAUCUACGUCAACAGCAACCGUAGCAGAACCAUGCAGGUGUAUUGUGACAUGACAACUGAUGGCGGCGGCUGGAUUGUGUUUCAGAGACGAAACUCCGGCAAAUUAGAUUUCAUGAGGCGCUGGAGAGAGUAUAUGAAAGGCUUUGGAGAACUGACAGAUGAAUUUUGGCUCGGUCUGGAGAAGAUCCAUGAACUGACUAAUACUCCUACACAAUAUGAAGUGCGUUUUGAUCUGGGCUUGGGAUCAGAGCGGACAUAUGCUGUCUACGAUAACUUCAGAGUAGCACCAUCCAAACAGAAGUUUAAUCUUACCAUCGGUAACUACAAAGGAAAUGCUGGUGAUGCCAUGACCUACCACCAGGGAGCGUCUUUCUCAACGGAGGAUUCAGACAAUGACAUCGCGCUUAGUAACUGUGCUUGGACUCACCAAGGGGCCUGGUGGUACCAGAACUGCCACCUGGCCAAUCUGAACGGCAGAUUUGGGGACAACAGACACAGUAUGGGAGUAAACUGGGAGCCAUGGAAAGGCCAACUCCAGUCUCUCGACUUUGCAGAAAUUAAGAUCCGGCCAGUGGGAGCAGCGGGCAGACAGAAAAGGUCAUUGAAAAGGAGAGUAGCUGUGUAUUAACAAUCACUUGACAAAAAAUGUUAUAAUAAAAUCUUAAAUGUUCAAGAAUUUGAUCAGACCAAGUUGGAAUAGUUCUUCAUACGACGAAAGCCACUCUAUUCUGAAGAUUAUACGCUGUGUAACUGUCUUUUGUAACAUUAUACAAAAGUCAGAUUUCGAAUAGAAUAUGCUAUACUUCUUUUGAUUUACUAUGCACAUUGUAUAUGAAAGAAAUCCAAAAGCAAACCAACAUUUGUAGCAUGACUGACAUCACAGUGCCAUUCGGAACUCAAAGUGUGUAUUUCAUAAAUAUUAUAAUCUUCAUAGAACCUGUUUUUUUUAAAUAUAUAUUUUAUUACAGUGUUUUGCACCAAAGUACUUUGUUACUGUAUGAUCAUUUUCUAAAGUUUUGAAUUAAUAUUUAGGAUUUUACCCCAUCAUAAUAGCUGACAAUUAUGAUUUAAUUCAAAUGUUAUGUAUAAAAAGAUGUUUCAUAACAGAUAUUAAGCUAUAAUGUCUUCCAUCUGGAUGUGUAAUGUAGAUGUAUUAUAAUAAUUUCUGACUCAGACACCAAAUCAAGUGUCACAUACUCACAGAAGUAAAGUCUGUUCAAAUAAAAAAGCGUUUGAAAUAUUUUACUCA